CUUGAAUCAGGCUCGGACAGCUAAUGGCUAAAACUUAUAAAGAGUUAAUUCAGAGGGUCACGAACCCGUCGCGCGAAUUAUGUCAACUAUCGGAAGGCGAGCAAGCGUCGCCAAAUAUAAUAGAGACUCACUAAUAACCAAUGACCUGAUACAGUCAAUCAAUCCUGAAAUAUAUCAGCGUAAAUAUGUUUUUGAAGUUGCGUGGGAGGUUGUCAAUAAAGUUGGUGGAAUAUAUACUGUCAUCCGUACCAAAGCUGCCUCUGCCGUAGAGGAGUUGGGUGAUCGUUACAUUUUGUUAGGCCCACUUAAUGAGGUGUGCAUGAGGACUGAAGUAGAUGUCGCAGAACCGGCCAAUGAAGCGUUGAAACGUACGAUUAAAGCUAUGCGUUCACAUGGUGUAAAAGUAGUUUUCGGCCGUUGGCUAAUUGAAGGUUAUCCAAACGUUGUUUUGUUUGACAUAGGAUCAUCUGCUUGGCGUAUUGAUUCUUGGAAAAAGGAGCUAUGGGAAUCUUGCAAUAUUGGCAUCCCGGUUCAUGAUACUGAAUGCAACGAUGCAGUCAUUUUUGGAGCACUUGUUGCCUGGUUUCUGAAAGAAUUUGCUGAAAAUGUCAGAGAACUUGAAACUGACCCGCAACCACCAAUAAUUGCACAUUUUCACGAGUGGCUCACAAGCAUUGGUUUAGUAUUUUCGCGUACACGUCACCUUCCUGUCGCUACUAUAUUCACUACACAUGCAACACUUUUGGGUCGUUACUUGUGUGCGUCCUCAGUUGAUUUAUAUAACCAUCUUUCGGACUUCGAUCUAGAUAAGGAAGCUGGUGAUCGAAAUAUAUACCAUCGCUAUUGUCUUGAACGUGCAGCUGUUCAUUGUGCACAUGUUUUUACAACUGUGAGUAAAAUUACUGGCUUGGAAAGUAAAUUUCUUUUACGAAGAGAACCGGACAUCAUCACUCCGAAUGGUCUCAAUGUUAUUAAGUUUGCCGCGCUUCACGAAUUUCAAAAUCGUCAUGCUUUGGCUAAAGAAAAACUAAACCAAUUUAUUCAAGGACACUUUUAUGGACAUUAUGAUUUCGAUUUGGACAAAACAUUGUAUUUUUUCAUUGCUGGACGAUAUGAAUUUCAGAACAAAGGGGCCGAUAUAUUUAUCGAGGCAUUGGCUCGUCUUAAUCAUCAUUUAAAACAAGCACAAACUGAUGUCACUGUCGUAGCCUUCCUCAUUUUUCCAGCUCAUACGAAUAGUUUUAAUGUGGAUUCAUUUCGUGCACAAGCUAUUGUAAAACAACUGCGUGAAACAGUGAAUUCGAUCCAAUGUGAAAUGGGACAUAGGUUAUUUGAAGUGUGUCUUCGAGGACGUAUCCCACAAGGAUCUGAUCUACUCACUCAGGGUGAUAUAUUUCGUCUUAAACGUUGUAUAUAUGCGACACAACGAAAUAAUUUGCCCCCUAUUUGUACACAUAAUGUUGUUCAAGAUAAUAUCGACCUAGUUCUGUGUAACUUACGUCGGUGUCAGUUAUUUAAUGACCGUCAUGAUCGUGUCAAGGUUAUUUUUCAUCCUGAAUUCCUAAGUUCUACCAAUCCAUUAUUACCGAUGGAUUAUGAAGAAUUUGUGCGAGGCUGUCAUUUAGGUGUGUUUCCAUCGUAUUAUGAACCGUGGGGCUAUACACCAGCUGAAUGCACCGUAAUGGGUAUUCCAUCAGUAACGACAAAUCUUUCCGGAUUUGGCUGCUUCAUAGAAGAGCACGUAGAGGAUCCCAAAUCUUAUGGGAUAUAUAUUGUUGAUCGUCGUUUUCAAGGCUGUGAAGACAGUGUUCAACAAUUAACCAAGUAUUUGGUUGAAUUUUGUCAAUAUUCACGGCGUCAACGGAUUGUUUUACGAAAUCGUACUGAGCGAUUGAGUGAACUGUUAGAUUGGAAAAAUCUUUCCUGUUACUAUCAACGUGCUAGAUUAAUGGCUUUGAAGAAUUUCUCUCCGGAAUUAUUCACAUCUAACAACAAUGAUGAUACAUUGUCUACGCAUAGUUUUCAUGUUAGUCGACCAUAUUCAGCACCUGUAUCUCCAUCAUUAUCUGGACAGUCAACACCAUUGCCAAGUGCUGGUGCAAAUAGUUCAACUCGUAGCAGUCCUACAUCUCAUUUAGAUGAUGAUGAAGUUGAUGAUAAUACAGAACGAUUGGAACUGGGUCUUGGUGCAUUAGAACUAAGUGAUACUGUACCUGCUUAAGAUAGAAAAAGUUGCAAACUAUUUCAUCCGAAUUAAAGCAUAACUUAGAAUGUGCCUAGUUUAUUUUCUUCUUUUAUUUCUCUUUUUACCAUUUGUCAUUUAUUUCAUUCUUUUUUUUCAUUUUUAUUUAAUUUAGUUCUUUCUUUCAAUAAUGCAUAUUUUAUCAGUCUGAAUAAUAUUAAUAAUAAUAAUUUUAGUAUUACCAUUUAUUAAUAAUGAUUAUCAUCUCCUUAUUGAUGGUAGCUUACAUUGUACUGAUUUAUUUACAGCUUAUCAUGAAUAUCAUUUUGAUCAUUUUACACAGUCAUAAUACUUGAUCUCAUUUCAUAUGUGUCAAUAAUAAUGUCAGACCAAGAUUUAGAGAAGAAAAAAAAGUAUGAAAGAUGAAUUUCAUUCUUGUCUCUUUUUUUUCCGGUGUUUAUUCAAUUUUGGAUUGGCUAAAAGUGUAGAGUUUGUUAUGAUUAGUAAUUUCAAUAUUUC